AUGUCCGGCGCGUGCACAGCCACACCUGCAGAAGUCGCGAUUCAGCAUGUUCAGCAGCUUGCAGAGCCACGCCAAAAGCGAGCCAGAGAUACAUUGAUGGAUAUAUUCGAGAUGGGUGCGCUGCCAGUGGAAACCAUUGACCAGCUGACUGCUGCGCUGCAGGCACACGCCAGGGUUGCUAUCCAUUUUCACCCUGACCGCUUGGUGAAGGGAGGCGAGACUGUGGCUGGAUCCAUGUUGGCCACAGGCUGCGUCCAGAGCCAGUUCGAGUCGCAGAUCUCUAACGGCAAGGUAGACUCUGCGCCAGGAGGGAAGCGAGACCAGUGGGAGAACAGAUUGUUCGGCCAGGCCUACCAGGAUGCAGCUCCCUUUUGGCGACCGAAGUACGGCGCAUUGUUCCUACUCGGGCAAUCAGAUGGGCCCGCGCCGCGUUUUGGCUCCUGCUAUUUUCUCCUGUCUCCUGAUGCGACAAAGCGAGCUACCUUCUGCUACGGCGAUUCGCAUCUUGACCCUCCCAUACGAGGCACCUACGAACUUUGGGAGGACGUUUUGUCGGAGCUGUUCCAAGAGAGCUUCACCAGGGAUGGAACGCUGGGCCUUCAUGGUUUGCGCCCUCCCGCGCUCGUGGGCCGAAUGUUGGAGCUGUUGCAGGCACCGCUCAGUGACAAGUGGAGCUAUCCAGCAGCGCGGAACUUGGAUCACUACAUCGAAGCGCAAGUGCACGGCCAGGUUGAACUGGGGCGGGAUGUUGACGCCCUGGUUGCGGACCCAUCGUUUAAAGGUACCCCGGUCGGUGCACAGCUGCAGAGCAUAGCCAGCCAGUAUGGCAUGCUUCUCCAUUGGCAUGCUGGGUCCCAGUUGUGUGUAGAUGCAGUCCCCAGGGACUUCCGCGGACCACGAAUGCCAGCACUAGCUCACAUGGUUGCACCGGAGGGCAUGCUCACGCCGGCCUUGAUCGGGGCUGCCGCUCGCAAUGCAAUCGAACCCAAUGCGGACCAGCUGGAUUUGGGCCCACCCGACAAGGUGCUUCAAGAGCUGAAAUUGUUGUGGCACGUCUUGCUGCGCUAUGGCGAUCCCCUCAACGCAUGA